AUGCUCAGGGUCCUCCCUACGUACUUCCGUUUCUCUGACGCUGGCAGAAGCGGGGGAGUGGGGAAGGAGAACGCAGAUUUCCUCUCCUAUGCUCCAGCCCAGGAGAUUUUGCAGCGGGGUUCAGGAGACGGCGCUGGGUCCCCCGCACUACGCUAGCCGCGCGGGUGUGUGGGGGAGGCGCGGAGGCCGGUGACCUGCUCGAGGGUGUGGGUCUGGCGGGCAGUGGCGCCAGCCUCCGACCGCGACUCCGGAGAGAGCCAGCAGCCGCCUGGAGGAGCCGGCACCGACCCUGGACACCCAAGCCAACCCAAACGCCUUCCCUUCCUGCUUUGCGGGGCGUCCCCUCACCCACACGCCCACAGCUCCUGGGUUGUCACUGCUGCGGCCAUCUGAAAAGGAGACCGACCAGGAGAGCUCCGGGAGUUGUCGAGGUGGAUGCCCGGUGUUGGCUGCGUCCCCAAGCUGCUCGCCAGCGCUGGCGAAGGCGGUCGAGAUAACACCUACCAAACUUUCCCCUUCGCAGCUGCGUUGGGAGGAAACAUCCCUGCCCGAGGCUCACGGAAAGCCGAAGGGAAGACUUUGGGAGGGGACAAGGUCAAGCCUCGCAGCUGGGCAGGCUCGGAGUUCCAGGGAGCCCAGGAGGCAGGAAUCCUCGCCAGCGUGCGCCUGUGCGAAGGGAGGUCCAGCGGACGAGGCAUCUCCUUUCCCAUGCCCCUCAGUGACCGUGACCCUCGCGCGUUCCCCGCGCACGUGCUUGCGGUCGAGGAAGAGAACGUGUCCGGCUGAACUCACUGUGGGUAGCGAGUCGCGGGCGGGCCCAGGGCGCAUGGAGCGCCGCGGGGGCAGUGCGGCUCAGCAGCGGCGCGCACGCUGCCCCCCUGGGAUCCGACCGGCAGCUCCCCUCACUUCCUGUCGCGGGGCUUCUGGCCCCAGGAGGCCUUUUGGAGCGCAGAGCCCGCUGCGUGACGGUCCCGGCGGCUCCCCUGGAGCACUGCGCGGGGCGGACAAGCCGCGGCAAUGGUGUAGCCAUUAGCUGCGGCCGUCGCGUUCCAAAGGACAGGUAGGCUCCAUUGACCCGGAGUUGACUCGCGGGGUGCGGAACUCCAGUUCCUGCCUCGGCCACGCAGGCCGGUCGGCGUGCCACUCUGCACCGCGGCGGCUGCAGCCUCGGGCCACCAGCCGGUGUGGAGGCAGUUCUGGCGGAGCCCGGCUGCCCGGCGGCCGCCUUGGCGCCAUCCUGAUGCCCGCUGCCGGCAGUGGGCCCGCCUCCGGCCCUGGGACCUAGACAGCUGCGCGCGGCCGCCGCCGGCGCCUCCCCCAUGCUUCUCGGAGAGUCCAGGCUAUGCGCGUCCAAGGCGGCUGCCGCUGCUGCGCAGAGCGAGGGCGACGACGACAGGCCGGGCGAGCGGUGGUGUUGGCAGCCGGCGACAGCCACGGCCGCGGCGGUGGGCGAGGACAUGGAUGAGUCGUCACUGCUGGACCUGCUAGAGUGUUCCGUGUGCCUGGAGCGGUUGGACACCACGGCCAAGGUGCUGCCGUGUCAGCAUACCUUCUGUCGCCGCUGUCUGGAGAGCAUCCUGUGUUCGCGCCACGAGCUGCGCUGCCCAGAGUGCCGCAUCCUGGUAGGCUGCGGCGUGGACGAGCUGCCUGCCAACAUCCUGCUGGUGCGCCUGCUGGAUGGCAUACGCCAGAGGCCCCGAGCUGGCGCCAGCCCUGGAGGCAGCCCUCCUGUGCGCUCUGGCCCCGGCUCGGGGGCGGCCUCCGAGGUCGCGGGUGGCAGGGGCCGCGCGAUGGGCAGAGCCCCGGGCUCACCAGUUUUCCCUUUGGAGGUUGGCAGUCAGCGCGAGCUGACAACCAGCAGGAACGCGCCCCUGGCAAAGAAUCCUUCCCAGCUUCCCUGUGGCAAAGCGCUCUACAGUUACGAGGGGAAGGAGCCUGGUGACCUCAAGUUCAACAAGGGAGACGUCAUCAUCCUGAGGCGCAGGGUGGACGAGCACUGGUUCCACGGGGAGCUGCGCGGCGCCCACGGCUUCCUGCCCGCCAGCUAUGUGCAGUGUCUCCGGCCCCUGCCACCCGCCCCUCCCCAGGGCAAAGCCCUGUAUGACUUUGAGAUGAAGGACCGAGACCAGGACCAGGACUGCCUGACCUUCACCAAGGAUGAAAUCCUGACUGUGAUCAGAAGAGUGGAUGACAACUGGGCAGAGGGAAUGCUGGGAGACAAGAUUGGAAUUUUCCCCCUCCUGUAUGUGGAGCUCAACGACUCAGCCAAGCAGCUUAUUGCAAUGGACAAGUUCUGCCCAGCUGCUGUGUCUGACUGCCAUGCCUCGUUGCCCUCUGACCCUGGCGCGGUGGCCAGUGUGGCCCCAGGUCUCACUUUAAGCAGCACAGGGGCAGUCAGUGCCUUUCAGCAGCAUGUGGACGGCAAGAAGAAUGCCAGGAAACGCCACUCCUUCACCGCGGUCAGCCUGACACACAGGUCCUCACAAGCUGCCGGCCACCGGCAUUCCGUGGAAAUCAGUGCUCCAGUGCUGAUCAGCUCCAGCGACCCCCGGGCCACGGCCAGGAUCCGGGACCUGGCGCAUGUGUCGUGCAGUGCUCCCACCCAGGACUCCUCCUCUGCCGGAUCCAGCCCAGCGGCUGAACCGCAGGACAUGGCUCCCAAAGGGCAGCUGCCUCUCAAUGUGUACCUGGCACUCUACACCUACAAGCCCCAGAAGAGUGACGAGCUGGAGCUGCGCAAGGGCGAGAUGUACUGCGUCCUGGAGAAGUGUCAGGACGGCUGGUUCAAGGGCACGUCCCUGAGGUCUGGGCUCUCUGGGGUGUUCCCAGGAAAUUAUGUGACUCCUGCUUCCAGGGCUCCUUUAGGAGGGCCUGGGCCACCUGGGAAUAAUGUGGUUGGAGGGUCUCCACUGGCCAAAGGGAUGGCCACAAGCAUCCACCCAGGUGGUGGGAGCCUGAGCAGCCCUGCCACCACCGGGAGAGCAGCCCUCCCCCUCGCCACACCCCAGGCCCAGCACCAGGCAGCCUCUCCCCCGGUGGGCAGUUGUCUGUGGCACUCAGCUCCCCCAGCGGCUAGCCAGGCCCGGAGCACUAUCCCCACAGCUGCCCUCUCCUCUGCUCAGGCUCAGGACCAACCAACCACCAUGGUGUCACCCCUGUGCACCCAGAACUCCCCGUCCUGCCUGCCCACUGCCAGCCUCAGGCCCCACUCCAUGGUGUCCCUGCAGCACCUCCACCAGCCCCCAGUGCAGACCAUCACUGGUGCCCAGUGCCCCUGGCCAGCCAUCCCUCUCACGUCAGCGGCAUCAGCCGUCACACCUCCCAAUGUCACUGCUGCCAACCUCAAUGGGGAGGCCGGAGUGGGGACCGUCAGUGGCCUGUCUACUUCCAGCCCCACCAACGUGGGAUGCAAACCAGAUGAGAAGAAAACUGAAAAGAAAGAGAAGAAGAGUGGGCUGCUGAAACUUCUAGCCGGGGCAUCCACCAAGAAGAAGAAUCGCUCCCCACCGUCCAUCUCUCCCACCCAUGACCCCCAUGUGGCAGUGGACGCCUCGCUUCAGGGUGCAGUGGGGCUCGAAGUGUCCUCACUGUCCCUCCAUGGCCGGGCAGGGUCUUGCCCCAUAGAGAGCAAGAUACAGGGGGCGAUGGGAAUGGAGCCACUGCACAGAAAGACGGGCUCCUUGGACCUGAACUUCUACUCAUCCCCUUCCAGGAAAGCCCCUUUCUCCAUGGCUGCCGCCCGCCCUGAGCCCAAGCCAUUUCCCAGAGAGAGGUACCGUGUCGUGGUCUCGUACCCGCCCCAGAGCGAGGCCGAGAUAGAGCUGAAGGAGGGAGACAUUGUCUUUGUGCACAAGAAGCGUGAGGACGGCUGGUACAAGGGCACCCUGCAGAGGAACGGCCGCACGGGCCUCUUCCCGGGCAGCUUCGUCGAGAGCUUCUGAGGACAAACUCUCCACACGCCACUCACCGGGGAGAAGGCCUUCCGGGAAGCCCAAGGCGCCAGGAGAGGGCCACCACUCCCCCAGGCCUCAGGUCCCUUCCAAGGCCCCUGCAGGGUGUGGGGGUCGUGCCUUCACCCACAACCCCCUACCGAGAGCACAUCUUGGGGUUGUUCUUGGAUGAGAUGCCUGCCACCCCAUGUGAACCGUAGAGAAGUGAGUUAGGAGGAGGAAGAUGCUGCCUGGGUGGCUCCCCGAGGUGGCUCCUGUGGUGGCUCCCCGAGGUGGUUCCCCAAAAUGUCUCCCCGAGGUGGCUCACUGUGCAGGGCUACGGGGCACAGAAUGUCUUCAUGGGCUGUCUAGGCUGCAGGUGGGGUCCAAAUUGCUUCAUUGACUCUCUUUAUACCUCAGUCGCCUGCCACCUGCCCAGACCCUGGGGAAGCCUGGCUGUGUAGCCUGUGGGACUCCCACAGCUCCCAUGGCUGGUCCCCAUCAGCAUUGGGAACAACACUUCUGUUGGCCACUGUCCCUUUGCAUUGCUUAUUUCUCACAUCUUUUUAAUGUAAAGCUGUUAAACUUUAUAUAUUUCUAAUCAGUCAUACAUUGCCUAUUUUUCAUACAUCUGGUGCUGCCUUUUUGUAAUGACUUGGUUGAGUUUGAAAGAAAAAAAUGUCCGAGGAAACAUCAAAUGGGCAGAAUUUUUAUAUUUACUAUAUGAACUUUGGAGAAAUCCAGAAAGCCCACGUUCUCAAUACCACAAUGCCCUGCACCACAGGAUAAGAGGGAAUCCAUUUAGGGGAUUCAAGGUAGUUUGGAAAAAGCCAAUUUCUUUCAACCUUUACCAAAGCCCCGUGCUCUGUCUAGACAGUGUAAUUGUUACUCAAGAACAUGCAACUUCAGGGAAAGUGGCUAUCAUCGCCUUUUGUGUGGCAGUGAGAGGGGCAUGAAGGUGGACCCACCCUGAAAAAGCGGAAUUUCCUUCUUACUGCUUUAGCAAGAGUGACAACAAUUCGCUUAUCAAAAUAUGAUUUAUCACUAUUGAAAUGUGCAGUUUUUACCCCAGUUCAGAUGUAAACCUCCACAAUUUACAAUACCUGGUGAAGAUCUUGCCUUUUUACAGUAUAUAAUUGCUCCCUUGUCGGGCAGUGUGAACCUGAGUGUAGAGACUGGAGGUACAUGGGGUAGCAGGAGUGAGUCCUCUGCAAAUGAGGGGCUGGGAGCUGGGAGGGGCUGGGGGAGAGGUGGAAGGGCAGCUCUGACCCUGGGCCCCCACAGGUGGGGUCCAGGACACAGCUCAUCUCCACAGAUGCUGCCUCCUGGAGCCCUGUCACAAGGCGGUCUUGUUUUUAAGAGAUUCACACCUUAGGAAUACAUUCUUAUCUGUUCAGAGUCACAACUUGCAAACUCUCUCUAUACAUUUUUACAGAUCACUCAGGUUUAAAUUAGGCUGAAUAAUGAGCCUUUGGUAACACUCUCCCUGAUUUUUAGGGAUGCAACGAAAUCCAGAAACCCAUUCCCUCGCCUGGGGUGAUGUCUCUGAAAUACAAACACUUUAUUUUCAGAGUUCCUAUUUGGGGAUGUGACUGGGAUAUUUGUUACUGCCAGGUGGCUACCAGGCUGGUGGCAUUGUUCCUAUAGCAAGGCUCAUUUCCUUGCUGGUAAUAUAUUUAAUAGGCUUAAGAAAGUUCUUCUAAAUAAGAAAAUAAAUGAAGUUUAAAUAUAGGGAGCCCUGGGCUCAAGUUAAUGGCGACCAUCAGUUGCCAACUUAGCUGCCUACCUUGCACAUCAAUCAUGUGCAUGUUUCAAAUCAUGUCAUUGCCAAAAACAUGCUGGCUGAGACAGGUAUUCUCCACUGAGACCAGAACUAACUCCAAUUCCCACAGAAUAAGAAGAGCAAAAAAAAACCAACAGCAGUUAUCAUGCAACAGAAUAGACUAACUUGGACCUUCUUUCCUUUCCUGCCACCACCCACAUGGUGCUCUGGUUGAUAGAAGUGCUGAGCAGCUCAGUGACUGUGGGGGAAGCAGAAGCCAUGGGGCCAAGCACCCCUCACAGCAGCGUGUUUGCAAGGCAUCAGCUGGUCCAGCUCGAGGCAGACUCAGGGGUGGCCAUUGGGACUGACUUGAGAAGUGAUGCCCCCCAGCCAGGCAUCCUCUCAGGAGGGCCUCUCAGGGCAAAUGCGGGGCACUCAGAGGGCAGGUAGGUGCACAACAGGCCCCAUGCUUUAGGCUGAGUGUUUCCAAACAUGUUCAGUCAGACCCAUCAGCCUUCAUGACCAUUUAACCCGCAGACAAGGGCGGGAGCAGGCUUAGACGCUUCUUUCAGGCCAUCUUGCCUCAAAGGACACACUCCUUUUGUUUUCUAAGGUGAAACAACACCUUGUCUGAAACCCUCACAUUCCCUCCUGGCCCAGGGACUUACUCAAGUUGGGUGCACAGUGGCAUUUGGCAGCCAAGGUGACUUGCUUUGAGGAGCACAGUGGAGUCCAUGGCCACCACUGAGGGAGGUCACCGAGGUGUUGGGGACAUGGGGCCACCAGAGGACCAUGGGAGGGAUGUGGUGAGACAGAGCUGGACAAGAGCCCCCUGAUUCUAGUGCCCCAAAUAAGCUCAGUGGCCCAGCUGGAAAUUAUUUGUACUUUGCACAAUUCACACACACACCCUAAUGUUUUUGUUAAACACAAAUGUCAGUGUGUGACUUCAGAAGAACUUACAGUGAUGACAAACUAUGAUGCUGUGUUUCUGAGUCUUUAAAUAAAAAAUGA